AUGUUUUCUUCAGGGCCUCUUGUGCAUACACUGAAUUUCUCUGACAACCCCCUACAAAUCGAGAUUACUCACUUUCUACAGCCAUUUCGGGCGUUACCGAGGCGAGUAGGAGAGACACUGGAUCUAUGAAUUGAGUGCGUGAUUGUGUGUGUGUGUGUGUGUGUGUACAGUCUGACGUAUCUCAGCUGCGAGAAGUGUAUGUUGUUUGGCGCCAUAACUGAUGACGCUCUCUGUCAUUUCGCGAUAGAGGAGCUAGAAAAGUGGCUUAGCAAGCCUUCUGAGGUACGCUAUUAUCACGAGGCAAUGUUUUCUACGUCAUUUCUUACUAUCUUCGGCGCCUGCAGGAGCGCAAUGGUGUUUAUCCAAGCGACAGUUUUGCGGGUUCUCUCAAAAGGCGGCACUUUGGAACUUAG